AAGUAUAAAUAGCUUGUGUGUUUACAGUUAGCUAGAUAGAGUCCUUUGUUAGUCGCAUCGUUUUGCUAUCAAAAAUGUGCGGCCCGUAUAGCAACCUACUUAUUGUUCCGUAAUUCCUCGUGGGGAGUUAUUGAAAUAUUUUCAUAAACGUUUUUUUCUCUUGAGGGCAGUUUUUUUUUUCUCCCUUACCACUUCAGUGUCUGCUUGGAACCGAAAAGGAAGCGUCAAUUGAAGUGGAAAUUUUUUUUAAGGUCAUCUUGAGGCUUUUAAGGUUGCAGCCAUGGUGUUGAUUCUUGGCAGACGGAUGAACAGGGAGGACACUGGCAUCAGAGACUCACCGGCUGUAAAACGCAAGGUGUUUGAGGUGGACUCCAAGACCUUAGCCAGCCAGGAGGUGUUGGACUUCUGCUCCGGCUCCUCCCACUCCGAGGGCAUCCUGCAGGUGUUCAACGAGUUCCGCGACUGCCGCCUGUUCACGGACGUGGUCAUCAGCGUGCAGGGCCGCGAGUUCCCCUGCCACCGGGCCGUGCUCUCAGCGUGCUCCUCCUACUUCAGAGCCAUGUUCUGCAACGAUCACCGCGAGAGCCGCGAGAUGCUGGUGGAGAUCAACGGCAUUCUGGCCGAAGCCAUGGAAUCCUUCCUGGCUUAUGUUUACACCGGCCGUGCCAAGAUCACCACAGAGAAUGUCCAGUUCCUCUUCGAGACCUCCAGUCUCUUCCAGAUCGCCACGUUACGUGACGCCUGCGCAAAGUUCCUGGAGGACCAGCUGGACCCGUGCAACUGCCUGGGCAUCCAGCGCUUUGCGGAUGCGCACUCCCUCAAGCAGCUGGCCAGCCGCUGCCGCAGUUACGCUUUGGCCAAUUUCUCGGAGGUGGCUCAGCACGAGGAGUUCCUCGACCUCCGCAGGGAAGAGCUGGAAGAGUACAUCGACAGUGACGAGCUGUCCAUCGGGAAGGAGGAGGUUGUGUUUGAAGCCGUGAUGCGCUGGGUUUACCACAGUGUGGAGCAUCGUAAACCCAUGCUGAAGGCCUUGCUCCACCAUGUGCGCUUGCCUCUCCUGCACCCCAACUACUUUGUCCAGACCGUGGAGGGAGACCAGCUCAUCCAGAACGCUCCGGAGUGCUACCAUCUGCUCCACGAAGCCAGGCGCUACCACGUACUUGGAAAUGAGAUGAUGUCACCCAGGACCCGGCCACGCAGGUCGACUGGCUACUCUGAGGUGAUUGUGGUGGUGGGCGGUUGUGAGAGAGUAGGCGGCUUCAACCUGCCUUACACCGAGUGCUACGAUCCAGUGACAGGAGAGUGGAAGUCGCUGGCCAAACUGCCCGAGUUCACCAAGUCAGAGUACGCCGUGUGUGCCCUCCGCAAUGACAUUCUGGUGUCAGGUGGACGCAUCAACAGCAGGGACGUGUGGAUGUACAACUCGCAACUCAACCUGUGGAUCAGAGUGGCUUCAUUAAAUAAAGGCCGCUGGAGGCACAAGAUGGGUGUCCUGCUGGGCAAGGUCUACGCUGUGGGCGGUUACGAUGGCCAAAGCCGCCUGAGCAGUGUGGAGUGUUAUGACUCCUUCUCAAACCGCUGGACAGAGGUGGCGCCCUUGAAGGAGGCGGUCAGCUCGCCGGCUGUGGCCAGCUGUGCCAGCAAGCUCUUUGUCAUAGGAGGAGGGCCCGACGACAAUACCUGUUCAGACAAGGUCCAGUGUUAUGAUCCAGAGACGGACACUUGGCUCCUCCGAGCUAACAUCCCCAUCGCCAAGCGCUGCAUCACCGCCGUAUCACUCAACAACCUCGUGUACGUGUGCGGCGGUCUCACCAGGUCCGUAUUCUGCUACGACCCUGCAGAGGACUACUGGAUGCAUGUGGUACAUACAUUUGCAAAACAGGAGAGUUGCGGCAUGUCGGUGUGUAACGGUAAGAUCUUCAUCCUGGGUGGCCGGGGCGAAAACGGCGAAGCAACGGACACCAUCAUGUGUUAUGACCCAGCAACAGGCAUCAUCACAGGGGUGGCUGCGAUGCCCCGUUGCAUCUCUUACCACGGCUGCGUAACCAUUCAUCGCUUCAAUGACAAGUACCAUAGGCCAUGAUCAGAAACGUGCAUGCACUUAGAGUGUCUGAGUACGCACACAUAAACACACAAUUCAUUGCAUCACAAGCAUCAGUCAGUUAAUUUAUUUUCUCACAGUAUCAUGUAGCAACAUGCUCUGGGCAAACAAAACAAAAUGAACAUCAACAGUCAAACAUGGCCAACAUGCAACAUUUUGUUGUUAUUAACAGCAGGUUUCCUAGAAAGUGUCCAAAGAACAUCAAAUAAUGUUGCAUCAGUUUUUUGUUUUUUUUUUGGAUGCAGCAUCCCUAAAAAGUUAUUAUACACUUUCUAUUUCCUGUUUUCUCCCUGUUUUGUUUCAGGUAUCAUUCGGACAGCUGAGGCUUUGUUUGUUUUUGGAAGCACAUCAUUUCCUUGCCCAUGGAUGAUCGAUUGACUUUGGAACAAUGUUGCAAAAUUGCCGCCUAGCUUUUCUGUCGCUUACUGCAGUUCAGCGCUAAUUUCAGAAGCUGUAUGGUGACGACACUGCUCCAAUGCAUCGUGCACUUUGUGCUAUGCUUUGCAAGUUUCCCGAAACAGGAUCUGUUUUUUUGAUUAACCAUGCAACGGGUGACCUGCUCUUUUGCCCGCCAAUGAAGACGCCUUUAGCGGGGGCCAAGGAAAGUUAGCAUUGAUAGCGUAAAAUGUACGAUGCAUAGGAACAUGGUGAUGGCUAAAGCUUCUCAAACGGGCUCUACACUGCCGUGGGGGACAAAAAUACUUGUUGCCAGGUGGCAAUUUCGAAACCCGCCUCUUUUGUCAAUUGGUGAGCCCCCGGCCAAGGAUCUGCUAAAAAAGAGUUCAAAGCGUAAACUGUCAAAUUCUGAUGGCCUCAUCUCAUGCUGAGUGAUACCUGAAAUUAAAUUAUAAAAGGGAAGUGUAUUGUGACUUGUGGAACACCCUAUAAAUAAAUAAUGUAAUGUGAAAAAAAAA